AAUAUCAGUUUAUUUAAUAUAUUGUUCGGAUUAUAGAAGUUAAAUAGAUAUGAAUAUUGAUAAAAAAAAUGAUGGAUUGUCGUUUGGCUUUUCUACCGCCAGUGGUAGUUCCAUUAAUGUAUCCGAAAAAGCUUUGUUAAAAGCGAAGAAACUUUUUGCUGACGAACUUGAAGAUAUUGACAAUCAUGAAGAAGCAUCCAAAACUGAAAAUGAAAUUAAUGUGCUUAAUAUACAAUCACCAAAUGUUGGAUUUCCAAAUAUUGGAUUUCAAACUGCAAGUGGUCAACACGUGAAUGUGUCUAAUGACGCAUUAUUAAAAGCUAAAAAAUUAUUUCAGGAAGAAAUUUCUGAAGAUUUUAUCAGUAUCCCUGAAUUACCUAAACCAUUUCCGAAACGAAAAAAUAUAGAUUCAAACGAUGAUGUGCCUUUAAAAAAACAAACAAAAUCUAACCAAUUUAAAAAGUUACGAUUUAGUAAUGAAUUUCAAGUUCCAAAAACAGUUUAUAAGAACUUAGCAAGUAUUAAAGAAAAGGAAAAUCAAAGCAUAUCAUUAAUAUCUGUACAAGGUUCAACUUCAAACUAUGAUACUGAUAAAUUAGGUAAUAAGAUUGAUGAAAUUGAUAUAAGUAAAAAAAGUAAUGAAAUAGCAGAUAAUUCUUUAAUUUCACAUGAAAUUGUAGCUAGUGCAGUUGCACUUCUAGCUGAUGAAAAAGAUUCAGAUUUUACAGAGCAAUGGAUGUCUCCUAAGGAAAUUAAAGAAGGUGAAGAGAUUGCAAAUGUUCCAUCUAGUCCUGUAAUAGGAGGACAAUUUAUACCUAAAAGACGAAAAAGUACAGGAAGUAAAAAAAGAAGUAUAAAUAUUUCAAAACAUAAAAAAGAUAAAUCAGUGUGUAUAAAUAAUGUAAAAGAAUUAGACAUUAAUUGUACAAGUUCAGAUAAAUGUGUAAAUAAGAAAAGUAAAUAUUUAUUAGAAAAACAAAAAUCAACAGAUGAAGGAAAUAAAUGUGAUUAUGUGGUUGCUACUGAUUUUGGUGACACACAAUUAAUGUUAGAUUUUAUAAAUCAAUCUGUAACUAUAUUAGAGAAACGUAUAGAAGCCACUUUAGAACAAGAUAAACAAAUUAGUUUGAAGCAAAUAAAUAAGCCUAAACCAACAAUCAGUAAAUUAUAUUUUCUUAAAAAAAGUAAUGCUAAUCGUGUAUCUUGGAAAGAAAUUAGUAAAGGAGCAAAACCUAUACAAUGUAGUUAUGAAGAGCUUAUUAAAAAAAAAUUACCUCCUGAAAUUAUGGAUAUAACAGCUGAUAAUGCAAUACUGUAUAAGUUUCGAUGUGCAGAUUUCUAUGGGCAAGAUACUGUGCAAAAUAAUAUUGAUGGUAUAAAAUUAGAGGAUGGAGCAUGUUUGAUUUUGGAUGAAAAUGGAUAUGCAGGGAUAACAGAAAUUAAGAGAUCUUUUUUAGCGUGUCCAGGUGUAGAUCCUAAUUUAUUUCCCACUGGAUGGGUAGAAAAUCAUUACAAAUGGAUUGUAUGGAAAUUAGCAUCAAUAGACAGAAUAAAAUUAGGUUCUGUAUCUUUGCCAAGAUUCUUAACUCCUGUUAGAGUAAUGAUGGAAUUAAAAUACCGAUAUUAUAGAGAAAUUGAUAGAGUUCAAAGAUCAGCUUUAAGAAAAAUUUUAGAAAAAGAUGAUAUUGCAACAAAAAGAAUAAUUUUAUGUGUCUCCUCCAUAACUGAGUAUGAUGAUUCAGUUACUGUAAAUAAAAGUCCUAAUCAAACGAAAACACCAUGUAAAAAAUUGUUGGUAACAGACGGAUGGUAUAGUAUUCAAGCUUUAAUUGAUCAAGCAAUGAUUAAACAUAUAAUUUCUGGGAAAGUUAAAGUAGGAACAAAAUUAUUAACAUAUGGAUCUGAAUUGUUAAAUUGUGAUGAAGGUUGCUCACCUUUGGAAAUUCCAGAGAAUGUAUGUUUAAAAUUGCAUACAAAUUCAACAAGAAGAGCAAGGUGGGAUACAAAGUUAGGCUACAUGAAACCACCAGGACCAAUAUGCAUUAAAUUGAAUACAAUUUAUUCAAAUGGUGGGUUAAUUGGAAAGAUUAAAGUUACUGUUGCUAGAGUGUAUCCAAUUUUAUACCAUGAGAAAACUUCAACAGGAGAGUCUAUUUUUCGAAAUACUAGAUGUGAAGAAAAAGCUAACAUUAUCUAUGAAAAAGAAUGUCGAUCAAUUAUAGAAGCAUUCUAUGCUAAAGCAGAGAAGUAUUUUCAUACUGAUAAAAGAAAAAGUAAUGUAAAUACAGAUAGUAUUGAUUUAGCAGCAAUUGAAUGGAAUGAAGAUUGUGAAAAAUUAUCUAAAGAGGAAUUUCUUUCAGAUCAAGAGCUUGAGCAAUUAAAAAAUAAUUGCCGUAUUAAGGAAGAAACAUUUAGACGAAAAUUAGAGCUUCAAUUACAGGAAAAUAUACCCCCGCCACGACAGGUUACACCUCUUUUAAAAAUUCGCAUAGUUCAAGAUGAGACAAAUGCUAUUCUUUCAAUUUGGUCUCCUAGUGAAGAUGUUAGAGAUAUUUUAAAAGAAGGAAAUUAUAUAUCAGUAUGUAACGUUCUGCCCUCGACAAAAAGAGGUAAUGAAUUGCAUCUAACUGCCAGUCGAACUGCAUUAUUUAGUCAAAUAAACGUAUAUAAUAUGAAUUUUCCUCAGAGAAUGUAUACAGCAUUAUAUGAUAUAAGUAAGUCAACUUUUACUCCAGUUUAUGGAGAAUUUGAUACAGUAGGAAUUGUUGUUUGUAUUGGAAAUGAACCGUAUGGUAUGAAAAAUUUUCAAGCUGUAUACUUGGCAUAUCCACAUACGGAUUCACAAUCUUCAUAUUUAUCAAUAUUAUUUUGGCACGGGAUAUCCUCUCACGGAUAUGCGGAAAUUUUGACUGCAGGAUCUUUUAUUGCUUGUAGCAAUUUAGAAUGGCGUCGAGCUACAUCGUGGAAUAUACCAAUGGCAUAUUGCACAGAACGAAGUACUUUCACGCGUAAUCCACGGCACAAUCAUCUUCAGCAACCUUUUAUUGAAUUAACACGUUUAAUAACGGAUGCUAAUACAUAUAUAGAAACAUGUGCAGUGGAAAUUUCAGAACAAAUACAAAAAAAGUCAGUGACAAGAAUAUCAGAUCAAUACACGGAUAAAAAUAAUUUUAAUAAAAUUACAAUGAAUGAAAAUAUUAAUUCUGACAAACAAUUUAAUGAUUAUGUACCUCAAGAAAAUGCAGGAAGAAAUUUAAUUACUAAUCAACCAGUGAAAUCUGCAGCUAUACGAAAACGACUUGAAAAAUUACAAUGUUAUGGCGAACCAUCUAGUCUAUCUCCAAUCAUAAUUAAUAAUAGUUCCAAACGAGUAUCAUCAGAGUUUCAAUCCCCCUUGCAAUCAAUAAAAGAAAAACAUUUAUCAUUGAAUUCAAAAUUUAUGCAAACUCCCAGAUGA